AUGAGCCAAGUUUCCCUGAGCCCCUCUCGUCCUCCAAGUUUCGACUUGCAUUCCCAGUAUCCAUCCGAAAGGCUUUUGGCAACGCCUUCCACCCGUGCACACUCCCAAGAUACGUAUCCUAGUGUGGAAUAUGGAAACGGUCAAGUGACUGGCGUUGAAAGAGGCCACAAUCCUCUUAAACAUGCGCCGAUUCUAGCGAGCCAAGCACAAGCCGGCGGAAUGCUUCAACUGUUUGCUGCCGAGGAGUCACAAAAGUCGAAGUUUCUAGAAACUCAGAUGGUGGACAUUUUAAUCAGUGCUGCACCGAGCAAUAGUGUGGAAUAUUCAGAGCACUUAUCCAAAAUUGCAGACCUUUUGGUGAAAAACGUUCUUUCCGAAGAUCAGAAGAAAGUGCUCGAGGAAAAAUUGCAAUCUCUCGCGGACAUGUUACCUCGCUUUGUCGAGCUCGAAAACCCAGCCGCCUCGAAAUUAUACUUGGUGGUCGAAAAAUGUUUUGAUAAUUUCAUCCAAAUCUCUACGAAUUCAGACAAUAUGGAACUUGCGACAUUGACGAUCCGGUUUUUAACCUCCGUGAUCAUGAACUUGAACUACUGGGAAUUAUACAACUUACUUCAGUGGAAGCCUGUCAUUUACCAAUUUUUAACACUCAUAAACUACGACAUAAACGAGUGCUAUGCGGAUUUUAUCAAAAAUUACGGAAAAUAUGCAUACAGACAAGAGAGUAUUUCUGAGUCGGCUUUGCUUAGAGCGGCUGAAACAAAGGAAAAGGACAAACAACAACCUUCGCAUCUGAAAUCUUCCCUUUCUCCGACUCCAGAAAUUGAUAGCUCGCAGGAGAAGACGCCAAAAUAUUAUGCAAACAAGGAAAUUAGCGACGAUCACGACAGGUUUGUUUGGGAGCAAAUGACUGUGGAAAAGGAGAAACCUAUUCCACGAGAGCGAAGGAAAAUGAGAGUGGACUCAAAAUUAGCAGCCCACCGCAUUAUUAAAAGAGCAGAAAGUGACCUUGCAGCUAACAACCGCUCUUCAAACUACGAUCCGGAUGUCAUCCAUGAAUGUCAGCUUCCUUCGUCCGAUGAGCCUAGUAAACUAUGCUUGCGGCGCUUUUCAAGAAAAUACGAAUUGAUCAGACACCAAGAAACAGUGCACUCAAAAAAGAAGAAGCUCUUCAAGUGCUUUGUAUGUGUGAAACAGGACCCAGCAAAUGGGCCGCGGAUUUUUACGCGGCAUGAUACUUUAGCCAAACACAUUCGAGUCAACCACCGGAUUUCUGGCAAGGAAGCAAAAGCAGAAGUGGCGUAUUCUAAGAAACACGCUGAGAUUGUGGAAGAAGGCGAUAUUACAGUCCAUGUAGGGCGCAGGAAGACCAAAGUGGACUUUGAGCUCAGAGCACAUAUGGAGAAAAAAUCGGGCCGGCAGGCACCAGACGGUAGCAUCAUCUUUGAUGAUGGUGAUUCUCCGCAAUCAAUGGAAUCGGGCGACGAUAUGGAUGACAAUGAGUAA